AUGGGAAAAGCUAGCAGGUGGUUGAAGGGGUUAUUGGGAUUGAAGAAGGACAAUUGUGCUUCAAUGGCUGCUUCUACUGACAAGAAGGAGAAGAAACGUUGGAGUUUUGCAAAGUCUGCCAAAGAUGGAGAUUUGACUCAAAAUGCUUCUACAAAUUAUGGAGUCAGGGGCUCUGACUCUGACUCUGCUGAAAAAGGGAAUGAGCAGAACAUGAAUGCCAUAGCCGUGGCAGUAAGCAGGGAGAAGUGGGCUGCAUUGAAGAUCCAAUCUUAUUUCAGAGGUUACUUGGCUAGGAAGGCUCUUAGAGCACUCAAAGGAUUGGUUAAGAUACAAGCUCUAGUUAGAGGCUAUCUUGUUAGGAAAAGGGCUGCUGCAACUCUUCACAGUAUGCAAGCUCUAAUAAGAGCUCAGGUUGCCGCCAGAGCUCGCCGUUCGAAUAGUUUUCGGCCUCAAACUCCUGGAAGAAGAUAUGUGCAAUGGUAUGAUGAAACAAGAAGUGAGUUCCAUAGUAAGAGGCUACUACCAACAAGCAAAUCCUAUGAAACAUCCUUAAAUAUGAAAGGAUUUGAUGAGAGCCCCAAGAAUGUUGAAAUUGAUACAUACAGGCCACAAUCAAGAUCAAGGAGAAUCACAACAACUACUAUGUCUGAGACUCAAAAAGACCACCUUCACUAUCAAGCAAUCUCAGUUCUUGAAUGCAGGCAUCCUCCUCAGCAUUUGGAAUGGUACUCGAACACGGAUGAAUGUGAAAUCGCAACAGCUCGCAGCACGCCUCGUCUGACGAAUGCUCCGGCUACACCAGUGAAGAGUGUUUGUGGAGAGUCCUUUAGGCCUUACUGCAAUUCCCCUAACUACAUGGCCAAUACUCAGUCAUAUAAGGCAAAGGUUAGGUCUCAUAGUGCUCCAAAGCAAAGGCCUGAGCCUAAGAAGAGGUUCUUACUCACUGAAAUAAUGGCAGCAAGAAAUAGCACUAGUGGUGUUAGAAUGCAUUGGUCAUCCAAAUCACACUCUCAACAUUAUUGCAGUUUUGACAGACUUGAGAGGAAACUGAAAUAG